GAACGASAACAACAAAGAUGGCGGCGCCUCCGUGCGGCUUCAUUCCGGAGAGGUUCUGGACGGAGGAGAAGGAGCGGGCGCUCAUCGCGUUCUUCUCCAAACACAGCUGUUUGUGGAACCAGAACUCGGAGGACUACAAGAACCGGCAGCUCCGGUGGAGGACCCUGGAGCGCCUGAGGGUCCUCCUGUCCUCCCAGCCUCCUCCGGCUCCUUUCACAGUGGAAGACGUGAAGAACAAGUUCAAGAACCUCCGCACCACCUUCCAGCGCCAGCACCGGAUGGUCCGGUUGAGCCAGGAGGCCGGUUCUGACCACGUGUUCGAGCCGCAGUGGAAGUACUACCAGCAGCUGAUGUUCCUGCGGGGCAGCUGGGACCCUGACAACGUUCCCGAUGAGCCGCCUCCGUCCCCGCCGGAGGAGAGCCGACCUGCCGCCACCUCCCCAAGUCUGAUCAUCUCCUUCCUCCCCUCCUCGUCCUCCUCUGGCGUCCCGAUGAGGAGCUACUGGACCGAAGAACGAGAGCAGACACUCAUCUCUUUCUACAAAGAGCACAGCUGUUUGUGGAGCAAGAAGUCAGUGAACUACAACAACCGUCAGCUCAGACAGAAACUUCUGGACUCUCUGAGGAGCCAGCUGUCCGACCAUUUGGUCUCUUUCUCAGUUGACGACAUAAAGUGUAAGUUYAAGAACCUCCGGACUGUUUUCAACCGCGAGCUGAAGUCGGUCCAGGCCAACCGGACCUCAGACAAACCCUACGUGUCCAAGUGGAAACACUACCACCAGCUGCUCUUCCUCUGCGAGUCCACCGAUGAAGACGACGGUCCUGAAGACCUGAAGGUGCUGCUGGUCCACGAAGACAGAGACCAGGAGCGAGGGAGUCCACCUCCCUCCACGGGGUCUCCUCAGAUGGGCGGUGUUAGGCUCGUCAACCUGUCUGCGGUCUCCGGUCACGCCGAGGGUCAGACCAGCACCAGAGCCGUGUACCAGGUCCUCCUCCCCGCAGCUCCGGAUCAUCUGGAACCGAGGUCCUCCGUGCUCCCGGACUCUCCGUCCAGGUCUUCACCGGAGAGAAAACCUUGUUUGGUUCAGAGCGACAACAGACUGAGCUCCGAGCUGCGCUGCCUCUGGAGCGAGGCCAAAGUCCAGCAGCUCAUCGCCUUUUAUUCUGAACACAGCUGUUUGUGGAACCACAGGCUGAAGAACUACAAGAACCGUCUGCUGAGACAGRGUCUGCUGGACACGCUGAGCGGCGUCCUGUCGGAGAACGAGCCGGUCCCGUUCUCAGUGGAGGACAUAAAGACUAAGUUCAAGAACCUGAGGACCAUCUUCCAGCGGGAGCACAAGGUGGUGAGCUCCAACCGGACCUGUGGUUCUGAGGGCUUCUACCUGCCUAAAUGGAAACAUUACCAGGACCUGAUGUUCCUCUGUGAGUGCUGUGAGGAAGACGAGGAGCAGGACGAAGACUUCCUCCCCCCGCGUUGCUCCGCCUCCAACCAAACCGCCGCCACACACAACCUCGAUGCCCCGCCCUCGCCGACGCCCCCGGACUCCCAGCGCUCCUCCCCCUCUAKCUCCUCCCCCUCCACCUCCCACACAGAUCUCAGAGCGCCGGGCUGUAAGCGGGCGAGCCGCCGCCGCCCACCGGCCCCCGGUGGCGAGCUGAUGGAGCUGAUGAGGAGCGUCUUCCAGAGCCGGAGCGACUUGCCGCACGCCGGCUUCCUGAAGUACGUGGAGGAGUGUCUGAACGAGGCUCCGCCCGACAAGGUGAGGAAGCUGAAGAGGAAGAUCAUCGAGACGAUCCACAACGCCAUGGACGACUUCUAGAGUUUGACCCUUUGAUUUAUGGAAACGUCUUCAGAUCCAAGCCACACAUGGAAGGAUCAGGUUUCAGCUCCGCCUACAGACCUGACGUCCCGCAGGACUUUAUUAUUAUUAUUAUUAUUA